AUGUUAUGUUCCGUUCCAUCAUUCAAAAUCCUGACUGACAAGGCUGAGCCCCGUGGUGUCGCUAAACCUGCAUGCAGAUCUUCGGCUCGAGCCGAAAUGCACCGGAGCACCACCCAGCGCCCGGGCCACCGCCGCGGUGCCGGCUGGGCUACCGCCAAGCGCGACCGCCUCAGCGCCCUCCCGGAUGAGCUCCUGCACCACAUCAUGUCAUUCUUGAAGGCGUGGGAGGUGGUCCGCACCUGCGUACUUGCGCGGCGGUGGCGCCACCUCUGGGCGUCCGUGCCCUGCGUCGAUCUCCGCGUGCGCCCCUCCACUGGCCGCUACGGCGACCCGCCUGAGAAGUUCCGCGACUUCGUGCACCGGCUCUUCCUCCUACGUGAAGCGUCAGCCCCCGUGGUCAUGCUCCGCCUGCGGUCGAGCGACGAAGAAGCAGGCUUCACCGAUGAUGACACCAGCGUGUGGAUGAGGGCCGCCAUCAAGCGCAACGCGCGGGUUAUCCAUCUCACCGGGCGUUGCUCGGAGAUCGCGUCGUUGGACCGUGUGUCGUUCAUCUCUUGCCACCUCAAGGUCUUGAAGUUGUCGUAUGCCAUGCUCGACUACAGGAUCCUCAGGCAGCUUUCUUCUAGUUGCACGUCUUUGGAAGUACUAGGUCUGAAGGAUUGCUUGGUGGCGGGCCCUAGGAUUGUGUCCGCCUCUUUGAAGACUUUAAUCAUGCUCGAAUGCGAGAUCAGUUGCGCCUUCUCCAUUGCUGCUCCGAACCUCCUACUUCUGCACCUCAUCACACCUUACGUCCGAGUCCCAUCAUUCAAGAAUUUGGGGUCACUUGUCACAGCUACUAUCAUACUUGAUGACUCUUUCUUGGGUGAUGACAAUGAAUACAUCAGUGAUGAAGAUUACUGUGAUGGAACUACUGAUGACGACGGGGAUGAUAGCGACUACAAUGAUUGGACAGAGAGCUCGAAGAUUCAUGAAGAGUCUUCCUUGAGUGAUAAUGUUGGAUAUGAUGAUUUUAUAAGGUUUGGAUAUGGACAUGGUUUUGCUGAAGGAAUUUACAGGCAUGAUCAUCACAUGGAUAAUUAUAAUUAUGGUGGUGAUAUCGACAACGAUGACAAUACCUAUGCAUACAGUGAGAUUGCAAAUGAUGCAAAGUAUGGCUACAAAGGUAAAGGCCUGAUUUCCAGUAAAGACAGUAUCUAUGGUGGAUAUAGAGAAUGCAAUGAUGCGAAGAUUUUAGGUGGCCGUCAUAUUCUUCAGAGUCUUUCAAGUGCUAGAACUUUGGAGUUGUUGACUGAUGCUGGAGAGGUUGUUCUGAGUAGGGAACUGAAUACAUGUCCAAAUUUUGGCAACCUGAAGACCCUAUCUCUUGGCGAAUGGUGUAUGACUGUAGACUUUGAUGCAUUAAUUUUCUUGCUGCAGCACUCACCUAAUAUACAGAAGCUUUUUCUCCAACUUAAAAUUAACUUCAAUGCCAGAGAGGCAUCAGAAACAUGUAUCAAACUACGGGGAAGAUCAUUUACUUGCAAAGAUCUUCGAAUGGUGAAGAUCACAUGCUCAAAGGAUGAUGGGAGAGUCCAUAAGCUGGCAAAUUUGUUUAUGGCAAAUGGUAUACCAGUCGAGAAAAUUUAUGUCCGCCACAGCGGGAGUGCUUAUCUCCGCAACCAGAAGCAGAUGAAGGAGUUCUGGGGGAUGUAA